CUCAAGUAACACUUCGUUUCAAUCGAAACCUGUUCUUGUAAGAUCGUGGAGGAUGGUACGGAUGAAACCAGCUCAGUUUAGUCAGUUUUAAUUUCGCCAUGAAGACACUCGUGUUGUUUGCAGUUUUAGUCGAGUUGCUCGCGUUGGAGGAAACAACCUUGACAGAGUUCAAGUUAGGCAACAACCUUUUCACUUCAGAUAUAUACAAAGAACUGCUUAAACAACAAAGCGGAAACUUCUUAAUUAGCCCGUUUUCCCUCGAGACUGUCUUAUCCUUAACCUUGACAGGUGCGAGGGGUCAAAGCGCCGAAGAAAUGCGAACCAGUUUGCGUCUGCCUAGCAACGAAGUCGAAAUUUUUGAAAAACUUAUCUCCGAACUGAAAAGCGACAAGUACACGCUGCUUUCAGCCAACAAAGUUUACGUCAAAGACGGUUACCCCAUUCACGACGGGUUUAAAAAAAUCGCCACGGAGAAAUACCAAGCCGACUUCCAGAAUAUCGACUUCGGGAAAAAAGAAGAAGCUGUGAAAGAGAUCAACGAGUGGGUGGAAGCGCGCACCAAAAAUCGAAUCCAUGACAUCAUUUCGGCCAACGACAUUGACGAACUGAGCAGACUUAUCCUCAUAAAUGCGUUAUAUUUUAAAGGAAAUUGGUCAACACCUUUUCCCGAGGGACUCACCCAUCCUAAAGACUUUUACCCGAAGGAAACGGAAGCGGUUAGUGUUGAUACCAUGCACGUGACGGCGAGUUUCCACUAUUACGAAUGCACUGAAGUCGACGCGAAAUUUUUGGAACUGUUUUUCGAAGACCGGGAUGCCUCUAUGGUCGUAGUUCUCCCGAAUGAGAAAAACGGGCUCGGGAAACUCGAGAGCAAAAUCGAAAAAGUUUUCACGCCUCGGAAUUUCACCACGGAGCUGGUGCAAGUCAGCAUCCCCAAGUUCAAAGUCGAAACGUCUAUAGAGUUUGUCGAAAUUUUGAAAAAGUUGGGUAUGAGGAAGGUUUUCAACGGGAAGGAAGCCGAUUUGAGCGGGAUGGCUGGUGAGCCGGGAGAGUUGGAGAUCGGGAAAAUUCUGCAGAAGACUUUUAUUGAUGUGAAGGAGGGGGGAGUUGAAGCUGCCGCCGCCACCAUAGUUCAUGUUCCGGCUGUCAUAAGCGCUCUGGAACCCGAUUUACGCGUCCCGAAGAACUUUAAAGCCGACCAUCCCUUUAUUUUCUACCUCAAAGUCAAAGAAGUUGUUUUGUUCGGAGGGAGGAUCUUGAUUCCUGGAAAAUAAUAAAAAAAUGUCUUGAGGAAUUUUGUAACGAACAAAUAAACUAUUCCACUAUUUUUUAUUCAAA